AUGUCUACCGAAGAUCAUAAUUCUACUUCCAUCAUGUUAGAUGAAGGGUCGGCUAUUCUUGAUUCUGGUGGCGUUUUCCAUGACGCACACAGCUUAACACAUUCAUCAGCAACUACUCCGGAAGCAUCUUCAAACAGUACUUCCACGACCGAGUCAGCAAGAAGAAAACGAGCCACUUCAUCAGCAUCCUCGUCAUCAACUCGUCGAACUUCUAAAGCAAAAAAGAAAAAGAGCCAAGAACAAGACGAUGAGUCUUCUCCAGAAGAAGAUGCUGCUUCGUCCAAUGAAAACCAAGAUUCUCUUUCUCAUCAUCGUGUUCUACUUCCAAAUCAGAGAACUGCUUGUCCUAUGGAGGAAGUUCCUGAUAAUCAACAAGGAAGGUAUUGGAUAUUUGAAACACCUCAAAAUGCAGAACCUCUUAAUGAUGUUGUCGUGAGAGUGACAAUGAAAAUUCGAGGAGAAGAAGCUAGAAAUUAUGUUCCAGAAAAAUUGUACAGUUCACACAAAUAUGUUAUCAUGCAUGAAAUUUCAGGAAAGAGUCUCGUAGAAAAAUAUCCGCUUAUUGUUUCCAAAAUUCAUGUCAUUAAUCCAACUACCAGAGAAGAGUUAAAGAAUUCUAAAAAUUCUAGCAAACUAUGCUUAAUGGGAACAAUGGAAACAGCUCUCACUAAAUUAGCUGGUACCAAUGGAAAGAAAACAAAAGACACAUCAUCUGAAGAUGUUGUGAAAGGACAAAUGAAAGUACAAUUCACAGAUGUCAGUUAUCAUCAUGAAAAAGGUCAUUUUGGAUUUAUUAUUCACUACUUUAAUCCUGCAAAUUUAGAGACUCCUCUCUUUUCUUUAAUUGCUCCUCCUUUCAACGUUUUUGCUAGAAAGCCAACCAAUGAAAAUCAAACAGAAACCUUACAGCCAACAAAACCAAAACCAUCCAAAAGAAAACGUAAAUCUGAUGUGGAGAAUGAAGCUGAUAAUGUGAGCUCGUCUGCAUUAGAAGCAACUUCUUCAACAGCAGCAACCACUGCUGAAGCUUCCAAUCAUGCAGGAGCUGAUGCAACCACUCACGCUGCAACAUCUCCUUCCAAGAAAAAAACAAGACGUCCUAAAAAGCAAACACAAAAGACAAGUGAAGAAGCAGCACAACAGCAAGUGCUGCCAACCUAUACCGUCACUGUAACCUCCACUCAACCCUCACAACACAUGAUUGAAUUUAACAAGAAAUUAGAAGCACUUGUGAAUAUUAAGAAACAAUUAGGUCAAGAUGCAAGUAAAAGAGCAUCCGAAUUGGCCUUACAAAAUCUCAUCAAUCUUGACACGUUUGCUACACAAGAGUUUGUACUCCAAAACAGCAACUCGACCAUCACUCCACAAACAACAACCAAUGAUGGACAACAGAUUCUGCAGAGUUCUGAUGGUCCAAUAAACCCCACUGCCACAAACAAUAGUGGAUUAUAA